AUGAAUAGAAAUAAGCCAAAUAAUAAUGUCAUUAAUCUUUUAAUUAAUGAAAUAAAAUUAAAUGAACGGUCAGAAAAUACAACCAAUAACCUGCCUAAUGAAAAGGGAAUAAAUAUUGCAAAGUCAUUUUUAAAUAUUAACGAUUCAGAAAACAACAAUUCUUAUAUCAGUUCCAAAACGAAAAAAAAAACUAAUGAACAAAAUGAAGAGCAAAUAAAUAAUCCAACAAAUGAGGACGACUUUGGUGAUGAUGUUAUUGGUGAUAAUGAAAAAGCGGCCUUAGAAUUUUAUGACGACAAAAUUGAUAAUUAUGAAGAAGAAUAUGUAAAUAAAAAAUACAGGUUUUGCACACAAAGUGAGGAUUCAAGUUUAUGUUGUUGUGGUUGUUUUACACCUGUUUGUUACCAAAGCCAGCGACAUGAAUACUACGUAAACCAAUAUAGAAGUUUAUUUGCAGUAAAUGUAAAAAUUAAUAAAGAGACAAUAUUAUAUGAAAACGAAAUUAAUAAUACAAAGAGUGACAACACAUUUCAACAAAAUGAACACCAAAAUAUCAAAAAACAAAAUAAAGAAAAAGCAGAAACAUAUAACCCCGUUUUUUGUGUAAAUUGCAAUAAUCACAUUGCUUAUUUUGAAAUCGAAAAUUCUAUUUUUCAUUUUUUCGAUGUAUUACCAGAUUAA